AUGUUUACUCUCAAAAUUCACACGGUGGACUUCCCUCAACCCUUAUACACCACCGUCGCCUCCAGCACCUCCUCCGCCGCGGAGAGCCCGAACAAUUUGAAGCCGGCUGAACUUAGAGGCGUCGCCCACCUUUUCCGGGAACUUUCACACAACCCCACUGGCAACAUCUUGGCCAAUCCAAACGCCCGAUCAACACUACUUUUCGUGGUGGCCGUGCCGAAUUAUUUAUCCCCAGAUGACUUCCUCCUCUUCUGUGCAUCCGAGCUCCUGAAGUUCACUGAAAUCCUCUUCAUCAGAAAUGAUGCAGUGGAGGAUAGGUACAGUGUGUUGAUCAGGUUAGAAAAUCAGUUUUCUGCUGAUGGGUUUUAUUUAAAUUUCAAUGGCAAAAAAUUCAAGCCGUCUGAGGUUGAGGUUUGCCAUAUGUAUUUUGCCCAAUCAGUUCAGUAUACCACGUCAGCAGAAAUUGCCAAUACUCCUCCAUCUGAAUUUGCUGAAUUGCCCACUUGCCCGGUUUGUCUUGAGAGAUUGGACUAUGAUACUAGUGGAAUACAGAGUACACUGUGUGACCAUUCAUUUCAAUGUUCAUGCGUUUCAAAGUGGACCUACUUAUCUUGCCUGGUUUGUCGGCUUUGUCAACAACAAGAUGAGAAACCAGCCUGUGCUGUGUGUGGAACUUUAAACAACCUUUGGGUCUGCUUGAUCUGUGGUUUUGUAGGAUGUGGAAGGUAUGAAGAAGGUCAUGCUAGUGGACAUUGGAGUGAUAAACAACAUCGCUUUUCACUUGAAGUAGAAAAACAACAAAUUUGGGAUUAUGUUGGAGACAGAUAUGUUCAUCGACUAAAUCAAUCAAAAGGUGUUGGCAAAUCGGUCAUGAUAAAUUCACACUGCAAUUCAGUUGGAGAAUGUGGCACUUGUGGGUGUGAUGGAGGGGAAGAAUUAGGUAGUGCCCUUUUCAGCAGCAAAGUUGAAGCGAUUUUGGAUGAGUACAACCAUCUUCUAGCAAGUCAGCUGGAGAUUCAGAGAAAACAUUAUGAAUCUUUACUCGCUGAGGCAAAGAGUAGGAAGGAAAGCUCAAUAGCAAAAGCAGUUGAGAAGGCGAUAUUUUCAAGGACACAUGAUUUGCAAGAUAAAUUGGAAAGUUACGAAGAGGAAAAGAAGGCUGUUGCAGAUAGGAAUCAAGAGCUAAUGAAACAACAAGAAUUGCUGCAGAAAAAGUUUAAGGAAAUUGAAGAAAGGGAAAGACUCUCUCUCAAGUCUAAGGAGGAAAAAGUAAUAGAUCUACAAGAGCAGAUUAGAGACUUAAAAAUUUAUGUUGAAGCCCAGCGAACGGUUGCAAACAUGAACGAUUCAGACAGCAUCAAGGGAGGGACUGUUUUGCCGGUAGAAUCAAGUCAGUCAUCUUCAGGCAACCGAAAAAGACAUACAAAGCCAGGCAGACGUCACAAGUAG